AAGUAACCAAAACUAGCAGGUUUCCAUUUCGCAAAUUCAGGGUGCUUGCGCUUUUUUUUUUCAUUCAGCCCCGCAGAAACAACGCACAGAAAGAGAAACAAUGAGAUGGUUUGUUUGCUUUUUUCAAAUUUUUUUGUCAUUUUCUUCAAAGAAGUGGAUGCAGACUCAGAAGCAUUUACUAUCUGUAACUUCUUUCCAUAUGUGAUCAAUGGCGAAUGAAAAGGAGAUUUUGAACAAGAAGCUCCUUGGAAUUAUCAGCUCCAUGGAGGAACAAGGUUUGGUGAACCCUCGUUUUCGAAUGAUUCGUACGUUGAAGGAGUCUAAUGGCCCUUUCUUUUUUGCUGAGUUGAUACCAACCUUCUGCUCUGAUACCCGAACCACUAUAAGAGAGUUGAUCCGAAUUUUGGAGAAACCUGUUGUGGAUUUUCAUAUCCUGGAAGAACUAUGCAUGAAGAUAAAAGGAGCAUCAUCUUGCAUUGGUGCUCAUCAAAUAGCACUUGCAUCUGGUGAUCUUUUUCGAGCUGUUACUGACAAAUGUAAGGAACGGUGCGUCGUGGCUGUAGAUGCAAUCAAACAUGAAUUUAUGCGGCUGAAUGAAAGGUUGGACGCUGUCCUUCAGCUGGAGCAGAAAAUCCUCUCCCAUCGCUGAAGAUCCAAAGUUGGUGUCCUCUUGCUUGCGCGGAUAUGUGGAUGGUUUCUGAGUAGUAAUAUAAUAAUACAGACAGUAAAUUUAAUAGUAGGCAGUUGAAGUAUUUUAUCAAACUUGUUUGCAGGAACUUUUAAAUGCUAAUAUCAUAAGCAUUAUAUGAUCUUAUCAGUUAAUGUUAUUAUAUCUUCCUAGUUGGCUUUA